GCCCCCCGCAGCCGGGAGGAGCCCCCCGUGCCGCUCCCGCCGAACGCCGUGCGCCCUGGGCGGCGGCGCGAUGCUGUGCUUCCUCAGGGGAAUGGCCUUCGUGCCCUUCCUCCUGGUGACCUGGUCGUCCGCCGCCUUCAUCAUCUCCUACGUGGUCGCCGUGCUCGCCGGGCACGUCAACCCCUUCCUGCCCUACAUCAGUGACACAGGAACAACACCUCCAGAGAGUGGUAUUUUUGGAUUUAUGAUAAACUUCUCUGCAUUCCUGGGUGCAGCCACAAUGUAUACAAGAUAUAAAAUAGUAGAGAAGCAAAAUCAGACCAGCUAUUUUAGCACUCCUGUUUUUAACCUGGUGUCACUAGUCCUUGGCCUGGUGGGCUGCAUCGGAAUGGGCAUUGUCGCCAAUUUCCAGGAGCUAGCUGUCCCCGUGGUCCACGACGGAGGUGCCCUCUUAGCCUUUGUCUGCGGUGUCGUGUACACGCUCCUGCAAUCCAUCAUCUCUUACAAAUCGUGUCCCCAGUGGAACAGCCUGUUAACGUGCCACAUACGGAUGGCUAUCUCUGCUGUCUCCUGCGCAGCUGUUGUCCCCAUGAUUGCCUGUGCAUCACUAAUUUCUAUAACCAAGCUGGAGUGGAAUCCAAAAGAAAAGGAUUAUAUUUAUCACGUAGUGAGUGCGAUCUGUGAAUGGACGGUGGCCUUUGGUUUUAUUUUCUACUUCCUAACAUUCAUCCAAGACUUCCAGAGUGUCACCCUAAGGAUAUCCACAGAAAUCAACGAUGAUAUUUGAAGAAGGAAGAAUUCUAUCUCUGGCAGUGAAAGUCACAGACAAUCUCUCCCCAUGGCACAGAGGACAGGUGGGGUUUUAGCAUUGCCCCACCUGGAAUGCACCUGUGACCCAUCCAGGACUUGAAUUUCCUUAAGAAUUCCCAAUAGGUGUACUAUUUUCCAAAGGUAUGUUUUCCUAGAGAAUGCAGCAAGCUUAUGACAGUGUAUCAAUGCUUUUAUAAUUUUUUAAGUAGACACUUUUUUAUGGUUCACAAAAUUCAUGACUAAGGUGUCAUGGAAAAUGGAGUGCUCUUAUUUUUGUACUGAUUCCGUUUUAGUUUCUCUUUGUAUGUGCAUGAUUAUGAAAACACACUAAAUGAGAACUUCGUUAAAAAGUAAAAUCAAGGGCUAUCUUAACAUUUAACCUGUAGAGAAUGAUCUGUAUAAUUUUAUAUCAUGAGGACAGCAAUAAUAUUCACUUUAUAAUAAUCAAAAAGGUUUAGGUUAUAAAUUAACACUAAGUAAGGUAUUCUGAUUUUUAGAUGAACUAAGCAAAAUGCUUCCAUGGAAAAGGCCUUAGUUCCACUGUGCACCUUUAUGAACACAAGAGACCUCAGUUUUGAAAUUCCGCCCUCCUUGGGCUCCUGCCUCCCAGUGACAGCUACCACCCUUGCAGCUAAGAGGAGUCUGCAGGGGUCUGGUAGGAGAAUGCCAAGUGGGAUGGAUUCAGCAGGCCAGUUAGAAAUCAAAAGCCUUAUAACAGCAGUGAAAAAAGGGAGGCGAGUGGCUAACAGGGAGAUCUCACUGGAUUCAGGUGGUCUUUGGCUCUCGGGAGCAUUCACGGGAGGCAGGAGGAUGGAAGGGGAACCUUGACUUAAUACUAAACCUCUGUGAAAGCCAUCCUGUGAAAAGCAUUAAAAUCCCAUUGAUGAAAGCACCCUUUAUUGUUACUGGCAUCACUUGAUACACAGUCUGACUCAGAUGUUGAAACUCGCAUCUCAGAUUCAUUUUAUGCCAGUAAACAUGUGGACGAGAACAUAGGUCAGAGAGAAAGAGAGAGAGAGAGAGGGCAAGAGAGAGAGGAAGAGAUAGAGGAAGAGAGAGGAGUAGGAGGUGCAGGGAGAAGCCGAUUCGCCCCUCCUUUUAGUGCCCAGCUGCUGUCUGCACACUGACUGCCGCUGAACGGCAGGUCCUUUGUUAAGUGAGCUCUGGGCACCUUUUCACCCAAAUCACGCAUGACAAAUGAAAAGUAGGUCAUUCCAGAAGAAGGGGGCCUUGAAUGCCAAGGCUUAGAUCAGAAAGUUGAAGAGAAGGAACUUUCCUUCAAGGAGCCUCCAGACCACAGCUGUAUCUGGGCCACAGAGACCCGACCUUGAUGGCCUGUGGCAAGGGCAGAGUAGCCCCUGGGACAGCCUUGAGGCACUCUCGGGGUGAGCACAUGAUGGCUCCUCAUAACUACUUGUUGAGUGAGUGAAGGAGUGAGAGUCGCAGCAGGCAGCCACCUGUGCAGUGACCGGCUGCCCUAAGUGUCCAGCAGCAAGGGCCUGAUAGCCACUUCUGGGUCAGUGUUUGUUACUCCAAAGAGAAGGAGGAACAACAUCCUACCCUUUCCAUGGAAUCUGUGGUAGGAUGAACAGGUGUCAUGGUCCUCACAUCUCCUGAUGCGACACCCUGCUCCAUUGCUGCCCCUCUGGGGAGACUAGAUUGGGAGCUCCUUGAGGGCAGAGCUCGUGCCUCGAUCUUUAUCUUUGUGACUCUAAUACUUAACAGGGUAUUUCCUGAUUCACAGUCGGUGCUUAAUAAAUACUCAUUGAAUGCCUGAAUGAAUGAAUGCACAAAUAAAGAAAUGACUAGAGAUCUUUGUGGUGCUGCAUAAUGAGAUUUACUCUGCUUUACUAGUUAAGUGAUAAACCAAGAGUCCUUAUCACCCAGUAAUGUUCACUGUUUUGCUUUGUGUACUGUAAAUAUUUCAGUUGUUUGGGCUUCACCAUUCUAAGACAACUCUCUUCAACCUGGACAGUUAACCACAGAAAUUGUUACAUGGGCUAGACAAAAUGGGACACCUGGCUUGGCAAACGGAGAAGGCCAAGAGUCACUCCAGACAGUCACAUUCUGCUGAUUCUAUGCAACCUCUAAAGCUGGGCUUAUCCACAUUUUACUGCUACUUCUCAUUUCCAUGAACUUGGCAUUUCCUUGGAUCUCAAGGCUGAAAGAAUAAAGUGAAAUAUUUCUGUAUU